AUGGGAUCUAUGGGAUCUGGUCACUCCGAAUGCUGUGGUGUGAAGAAAUCCGGGGACUGUGGCGCCAUCUCCGGCGCCUUCUCCGGGGCUUCGGCGCCUUCGGAAGAUCGAUCCAAGGACUCUAAGGCGCGCGUGGUGCACGAGGAAGAGGCGAAUCCUGCGAGAUCGCUGGAGGUUGAGACGCCGCAGUCAACGGAGUCGCCAAGACGUUUGGACCGCCGUGGGAAUCCCAUUCUUCCCCGGGAGUUGACUCCGGGUGGUGUGACUCACCAUGUGACGUUCGCAGAUGAGGAGGGACAGCCAGUUGAGGAAGUGGUGGAGGUGCUGAAGCGACAAGCUUCCGCCACGGAUCGCUUGGCGAACGGCUUCAAGGCCAUUCAAAGUUCCUUUGGCUGCGGCAAGAUCAUGAGCCGCGAAAGCGUUGCCAACCUGAGAGCUGCAGCGAUGGCAUUGCUGGCAUUGCACCCGAAACGCCCUAGGCUGCUGUCAAUUAGAGCUGUUCCAGCCGUUCAGAUGCCUGUGGAAUACCCACGGCCAGAGCAAGUGGUGCGCUAUAG